AUGGGAAGAAAGGUGUACGUGGGUACUAAGAAGGUUAAGCGAAUUGUGGGUGAGGACGAUGGAGGGAAACUCUUUACUCCUGAAGAAUAUGAAGAAUACAAAAGAAAAGUUUUACCUACGCGUUUACAGAACAGAUUAUUUGUGAGCUGGCGAUCGCCAAUUGGAAUGGAUUGCAAACUUGUGGGUCCAGAGACACUGUGUUUUUGUACGCACAGAUAUAAACAACAUAAAACCGACUUUGAAACGCUUCCACAGCAGCGCCCCAUUAGUCUGCCUUGCCAAGUGCCCGGCUGCCAGUGCAGGGCUUACCGUUAUGUCCCUUUGAAUGGGGCACAGCCCAUUCGCUGCAGGUGCAAGCACUUUGCCGAUCAGCACAGUGCUUCACCUGGCUUUACGUGCAACGCCUGUUCCAAAUGUUCAGGAUUCCAUAGCUGCUUCACUUGUACUUGUGGUCAGCCUGCAUAUGCCCAUGACACAGUAGUGGAAACUAAGCAAGAAAGAUUGGCUCAGGGAAAACCAGUAGGACGGGACGUUCCUUAUGCAGCAAUGGGAGGAUUAACUGGCUUCAGCUCACUGGCAGAAGGCUACAUGCGGUUAGAUGACAGCGGAGUUGGUGCACCUUCAGCUGAAUUUUUAGACUCUCCAGUUACAGCCACGGACCACCCGUUUCUAAAAGCAUUUCAAGCAUCAUCUUCUCCAGAAACACUAACAGAUGGUACAAGUAGUCAAGUUUCUUCCUUCAAGAAACCUGACGAGGACGAUAUGGCUUUCUUUGAAAGACGAUACCAGGAAAGGAUAAAAAUGGAAAAGGCUGCUAAGCAUAAAGGAAAAGCACCGUUGCCAUCAAGUUCAAAACCUUCAUGAAGACUAUUUGGGAAAUUAAAACCAUCAUCUAAAUAUAUCUUUUCUGUGUUUAUUUAAAUAUAAUAAUAUAGUUUAUUUUCUCACAAAUUAUUUACUUUUAGUGUGUAAAAAUGUCUUUUUGGAUGUUUCCUUAAUUUACUUAAAUAAGUGAAAAAGCCUUAUAUUUUGACAAAAUUCAUGAUUUACUACUUUGUACAUACUUUUUUCUCUCCUAACAAAUGAGGUUAUUUUCAUAUUAGUCAAAACUUGAAAGUACAGUAAAUUUCAGUCUAUCAUAAUUUAAUUUUUUCAAGCUAUUUAAAAAAAUUACAGAAGUUAUCGACAUUUUUGAACAAAUAUUUAAGGGCCACUGGUUCAUUCAAAAUAGUACGUUAAAUCCUUAAUUUUUUAUUUUUUAAACUUUGUAAUAUUGAUUUUUGUUUUUAACCAAAACUAUUUCAAAAUUAUCUAAUCAUUUUGUAGCAGUAUCUACUGAUUUUUAAGUUGUUUUGUUAACUAUGAGCUCUAUAUAACUGUAUUGACACCCCUUGUGUGCCACUUCAGAUCUUUUUGAACCCAUCUCUUACUCCUCUUACUGCUGUGAAACACCUCCAAGGAGCCUUCUGACAGCUUCCCGUGGAAGCCAUUUGAUGACAUUUGUCUUGGGACCGUCAUGAUUUUCUUCUUCAGAGAUCCUCUGACCCCAUGGUUUGGGGUAUCCCCAGAACCCCUCUGCAUCAUACGUGUAUAAAAGAUAUGGGGGAGUUAAUGACUUUGAGACCACCCUUGACUAAUGGGAGGUGGAAGCCCAUAGAUAAAUACUCCCUUUUCUGUCUGCUGGGAAGACAAUUCUGAGGUGCCUUUCAUAAGCUUCCUCAGAAAAUCUUGUGGAAUUGAGCACUAGUCACCCAUAAUAGUGGCCAACUCUAUAAUAGAGCCUUAUUUAGCUUCCUCUUUUUCUACUCCCUGAUCCCUCUCUUUGGUUCUGUGGAAGAGAGCCUGUUCCAUGAUGUGACUGCUCCUGGACCCACAAGCUGGGCCUGAGCCAAAAGAGAUUGCUUCUCCUAAGCCCUCUCAUAGACUGUCUGUUCAAAAUUGAUAUUUUCCUUCUGACAUAAACCAGUACUUCUCCUGUGUCUCACGUUAUGCUGGUUCCUAGAAGAGGCUUUUGUCCUAACCCAGGCAAGCACAUAAGGCAUUUUCUCGCAUCUAGGACUGAUCACGUACCAGUACCCCCGUCCAACCUGCCCUGUUCUAUAUAAUUCUUUGGUGUCUGCCAAGCAGCACAGACGAUAUCCACUUUGCAGCUGCCCGAGAUGUGCCUCACGUGUAAGUUUCCCUUAAUAAACUGUUA